AUGGCAAUUAAAGAUCUUGAUUUAGAUCAAAUACAUCAUCCAUUAUUAAAUGCAUGUCAUUCUCUUGCUUCAACUUUACAUGACAGAGUAACAUGGCAUUCAACACAACUUCGUCUUGUUCAAUUAAUUGAACGUUUUCCUCGUUUAAAACCAUUUUUAAUAAUAUUAAAUAAAUAUGGGUUACAUUUAAAAGAUAUUCUUAGUGGAGAAAACAAUGGUUUAGAUAUAUUUGUUGAUGAUGAUGAUGAUGAAAUUGGAGAAACUUUUCAACAAGUUAAAUUCCUUCGAAGUUUAUUAACUGAUUUACAUUAUGCAGAUUCUGAUCCAAUACAACUUGCAAAUGCUCAACAAACAUUUAAUACACAUAUAAUUAAUCAAAGUAAUUUCUCUAUUAUUUAUGAUGAAACAAUUGAUUUAUAUGAUAGAAAUCAAGAUUUAACAAAUGCUUUAAUUGAUCUUCAUCGUUUACUUGUUCCAAAUGGUCUUCUUUUAUUACUUGAAUUAGUUCAUGUUCCACUUUAUUUUGAUCUUAUUUUUGGUUUUUUUGAUCAAUGGUGGUCAUCUGAUGAUAAUAAUCUAUCUAUUAUUUUUGCAUGGCAACUUGAUCAAACAUCACUUGAUGAAAAUAAUGAUGAGUUAGCAUUUAAACAAAAUGAAGAACUUAUAUGUGGUACAUUAUCACGUAUUCUUCAAAUAAUUAAAAAAUCAUCACCAUAUUUUUAUCCAUUUGUAUAUAUUCUUACAGAUCAUGCUCAAUUUAAUAAUGAUUCUAAUCUUAAUAUAAUUCCAUCACCAUUUAUUGGUCUUGCACGAAGUUUAAUAACUGAAUAUGAACGACAUCGAUUACAACUUAUUGAUCUUCAAACAUCAUUAAAUAAUAGAUUAAUAUUUAUUCAUACUUUAAUUGAAUAUAUGAUUGAUUCAAGAUAUUCAAAUGAUACUUGUGACGUUGUUCUUCGUCUUAAUCAUGCAAAUCAAAAUCAAGUUCAACAUUUAACAUGGCAUUAUGAAAUGUUACAAAAUAAUGAUGAACAAGAGAAAUCUAAAUUAGAACAAAUAUCUAUUAUUCCUAAACGAGAUGCAGAUCAAAAACCAUUUCGUCCUUGUGUACCACAAUCCCGUUUUCUUUCUGAAUUAACAUGGAAUGAAGAAGAUAGAGAAAAAGAAUUAUUACCAGCAGGUAUGGUAGAAGUUCGUGUUCAUUGUGUUGGUAUUAGUUUUCGUGAUGUACUCAAAUCACGUGGUUUGUAUCCACAUACACGUACUUUUGCACAAUCUGAUGAAAAUCAACCAAAAGUUAAUCGAGACACAGAACCAGGUUCAGAUUUUGUUGGUACUAUUGUACGUGUAGGUCCUACAACAACUAAUUUUCAAGUUGGUGAUCAUGUUGUAGGUGCUACUAGUCAUGGUACAUAUCAUUCUCAUAUUAUGAUUAAUUCACAACUUAUAAUACGUAUUCCAUCUGAUUUUCCUCUUACUGAUGAACAAUUAUGUGGUAUGCCAACUCCACUUUUAACAGUUAUAUAUUCUCUUAAAUAUCGUGUUCAUUUGCAAGCUGGUCAAACUGUUCUUAUUCAUGCUGCAACAGGUGCUGCAGGACAAUGGUGUAUUCAAUAUUGUCAAUAUAUUGGUGCUCGUGUUAUUGCUACAGCUGGAACUGAAGAAAAACGACGUUUUCUUCAUGAAUAUUAUGGUAUUGAACAUGUAUUUAAUAGUCGAGAUACUUCUUUUGUUAAUAAUAUACGUGAAAUUCUUCCACAAGGUGUUGAUGUUAUUGUUAAUUCAUUAUCAGGUAAUUUAUUAAAAGAAUCAAUUAAAUUAUUAGCAUAUCACGGUAAUUUUGUUGAAUGGGGUAAACGAGAUAUUUAUCAUAAUGGCAAUUUAUCGAUGUUUCAAUUACGAUCAGAUUGUAGUUUUCAUGUGAUUGACUUCGCUGGACUUCUUGAUCAUAUAUCACCUCUUAUUGGUAUUAUGCUUAAAGAAGCAAUUGAUUUAUUUAUUCAACGUAAAUUACGUGCUGUUGAACCAACAGUAACUUAUGAACCAUCUCAAGUAAUAGAAGCAUUAUUAAGAUGUAAUAGUGGUCAAGUUAUGGGUAAAACAGUUUUUCGUAUAAGUUCAUCUGAUCAACCAUUAACUAUUAAUAAAAAACAAUCUAAUAGUUUAUUAAAAGUUGUAAGUGAUAAUACAAUGUUUCCAUCAGAAGUUUGUAAUCAAGGAACAAUUUUAAUAUCUGGUGGUUUUGGUGGUCUUGGCUUAACAAUGUCUCGAUGGAUGAUUGAACAACGAGGUGUUAAACAUAUAGCACUUGUGAGUCGUCGAACAUUAACUGAACUUGAAAAACCUUCGAACCCACAAUAUGAUGAAUGGUUAAGAUUAAAACGAACAACAAAAGAAUAUAAUGCUCAUGUUGAUGUUGUUCAAGCAGAUGUAACAAAUUUUCAACAAGUUCAUGAUUUAAUUGAAAAAUUUAGUAAAACCUCUAAUCCUCUUCGUGGUAUUAUUCAUAGUGCUAUCGUUGCAGAAGAUCGCGCUUUAAAUAAUUUAACACAAGACCAUUUAUCACUUGUUUUACCACCAAAAGUUCGUGGUGCUUAG